UCUCUCCCUCUCUCUCUCCCUCUCUCUCCCUCCUCCAGUCAAGUCCCGGAGCUGUAGCUAUGCGGGCGUGUUCCAGUUGGAGGGCGCCAAGCGAUACGCGCUCACCUUCGCCAUGGCAACCCAGGUGUGCGAGCAGCUCGGGAGCACCUUGGCCAAUCGGGAGCAGCUGCAGGGAGCCUAUAACAUCUCUAUGGAAACAUGCAGGAAUGGCUGGAUCAGCGACCAGUCCAUCGUCAUCCUCAGACGCCACCGCCAUGAGAACUGUGCCAAGAACACCACAGGGUUCAUCGUCCGUGCUGUGGAAAGUCCCUCGGAUAAAUCUGAUGCCUAUUGCUACGAUAAGAAUGCUGAUAAGGGCAUGAACUGUUCAAAGAAAAUCGACAGCGGCGAGCCUGCGGAGGAAUCAGACUCAGACGACCUCUCGGACGGAACCAAAGCCCACAACCAGACGAUCGCCUGGGCCUCCACGGACGUCCCGGUGGAUCUCGAGUUCCCGGUCAACGCCACUGCCCAGCCCACCCCGUCCGAGGCGGCGGGUGAGGACACCACCCCCACCCCGAGGGCGAUGGUGACGGGGGGGGAGACGCAGGCCGGGUCUGGCAUGAUGUCCACAACCUCGGAGGAGGAGACGCCCCCCACCACCACCAACUACCCGGAGGAGAUGGAGACCGUGGAGGUUGACCCCACCCACUAUCACCCCCGGGAGUACACUGAGCCCAAGCCUGAGCCUGAGAGGGAAACGGUGAAGGAUGGGGAGGAAGUUCCACUGCCGACUGAGUCCAGGAACAGGAUGAACGUCAUGGCAACGGAAUCUCCAGCUUCAGCCGAGGAAGCCUCGUCAAUUCCACUGCCGACUGAGUCCAGGAACAGGAUGAACGUCAUGGCAACGGAAUCUCCAGCUUCAGCCGAGGAAGCCUCGUCAAGCAAGUGGGUGAUCAUUGGUGUGAUUGUUGCCGUGGCCGCAGUCCUUCUCAUCUGUGCAGCCGUCGCUAAGCGAAACAGCUGGUUUGGGAAGCACCAGACCCUGAUGAUCUCCUCCAAGGACAACGGCGGGGAGGGCAACGGGGCCCCGGCGGUGGUGGCCAGCUCCCGCGCCCAGGAGAGGGAGCAGGAGAUGGUCACCCUCAUGACCAAGGAGAAGAUCCAGGAGAACGGCAAGGGGGACGAGGAGUUCACCGUCAUCACCCUGGAGGAGUCCUCCGACAAGGAGCGGCAGGGCGCCUGAGGGGGGCCAGCCGGGGGGGGGGGGUCCCAUGGAGCACCUCGGGGUAGAGGGUAAUACGGGGAGGGGUGGGGAGGCGAUGGGUUAUCGGAGUUAAAUCCAAGAUGUGAUUACCAAUCUUAUGGUAUCGGGAAGGGUUAUAGGUUGGUGGUUACAAUGGGUGGGGGGGGGGGGGGAGGUUGGAUAUACUGGUAGUUAAACUGGGGUGGGUAAUGGGUGGGGUUGGGGACGGGACGGGGGGACAGGGGGGGGGUUGAUGGCACAGGGUCUGUAAGAAGCAGCCUGAGCGAGAUUUUGCUGAGUUCCUAUCUUCUCCGGUCGGCGCUGUCGGCUCAACACGUGAAACAUAGCGGAGACGGCAUGCGUGCGUGGGUGGGCGUGUGAAUGUAUUAUUAUGUGUCAUGUUUCCUGUUCCCGUGGUGUUCUCAUGGUAUUUGUAUAGGGAACACCGUGUCUACAUGGCCUGAGAGUGGGCUUUUAGAGCUGAGGGUAUGGCUCGGUGUGUUGCUGUGUGUGUGUGUGUGUGUGUGUGUGUGUGUGCGUGUGUGUGUGUGUGUGUGUUUGACGAGGGUCUUCAAAUACUGAAGAAAAGUAGUUCUGUUCUUUGAUCUGGUCUCAUUUCAAUUUGCUGCAGAUUGAAUUAGUCUGAACUCGCAACGUGUCGCUUUAAACCUUUUAAACGUUUCUUAAAAUAUUUUGCAAUCUUUUUUAUAUUUUAGACAUUGCCUGUGGACUAAAGUUGAGCUCUCGUGUUUUUUCAAGAGAACACCAUGAUGUCACUAACUUAAUUUAUACUGCUUCUUGUUCGGUUGUCUCUGUAUAUAAGCUCCAUGUUUUGAAGAUGCCUUGGCAAUGGCUGCCACACUGUUACACGUCGUCACACAACAUUGACUGUGUGUGUGUCCGCUAGGGCGUGUGUGCACGCCUGCGAGUGCGGGUGUGUGUGUGUGUGUAUGAGUGUGAGCUACCUGAUAUGUAUGUAUAUGGGUGAGUUUUUCGAGGAAAUAUUGUGGGAUACACUUGUAUCUCGUUUGUAUAACAAAGUGUUGCAUUUGAGUAAUUAAAGGAGUAAUGAAAUUACCAGUUUUAGACAAGUCCAGAUGCGUACUGCAUGAAUCUACAUGUAUCGGAUCCAUAAUUUUGCAGUUGAAGUAGCAUUAUAUGAUGUUGAUUAGCAUUGUAUGUGAGAUGACAGUGGUAUCGAGUAGGCAAUAUGACGGUAUGGUUUGUCCAAAAAAAAAGAUCUAUAUUUAUAUUUGAACCCGUUUUGGGAUGAGAUGUAGCUCCAACAAUCCUGCAGAUGAACUGAUUAACGUCAACAGGGUAAAGGUGUUAUUAUUUUCAGGGUGAAAACUGAUUGAAGGGGUGAAUGGGUGGGGGGGGACUUAAUAAUAUCAUGGGCAUAAUUAACAAUCAGGCCACUUUCAUCAACAAGAGAGAAAAAGAUCCUGAGGGAAAAAAGAUGGCACAACUCCACUUUUUGAACAGACCCAAGUGAAGGGUACGUAUUUAUGUCUCGUCGUCUGCUGAAAACGACAGUUUGGAUGAGUUUCAAAGAAAAAAAGCCAAACCAUUUCACGUCAUUGAUAUGCAGUUUUAUCCUUCCUCAAUUUCAGAGAUGACACCUUUUGCUAUGUGCCGCAAAUAGAAUUGCACGCUGGGCAGCGGAUAAUUCUCCUGGUUUCCAUAAUGAAACAAAGACAUCAACAAUCACUGCUAAUUAAUUCAUUGAUUUCUUCCUUUCUGUUGCAUAGGCCUAUUGUGAUUUUUCUGCUUUCUCUCUCACAUUGAUUAUUUUGAAGAAACAGCAGUUGUAUUAGCGUAGGAGGCUGUAAUGAAUUCAAAAAAAAGUUGCUGAAAUGAUAUGUAAAGUGAACCGAUGAAUUAAAUGUGUAUAUUAGA